UCUCUGUUUAGCUGUGUAUUUCUUCAAACCCUGAAAUCCUCUGCACAAGUGAGUUCAGCCCUUCAGAGUCACUGUGCACUUUCAGAAGCCACGGAAACCACUAGUGAAAGCAACCAUGAGGAUCCAGUAGCAGUUCACUCUAAGGUGGUUGACUUGGGUCAGAGUGAAGCUCAGUGGUUUCAAGAGGCCAGGAGUCUGAGUGAGCAGCUGAGAGACACCUACACCAAAGCCACUUUCCGCCACUUGAACCUGCCAGAGGUGUGUUCCAGCCUCAGCACUGACCACUUGCUCGGCUGCGAUGUGUCCAUCAUUUCAAAGCACAUCAGCCGGCCAGUGCAAGGGGCCCUGACCAUCCCUGAGGUCUUCACCAAUCUCAGCUCUGUCAUGUGUGUGGAAGGGGAAACUGGCAGUGGAAAGACAACCUUCCUGAAGAGAAUAGCUUUUCUCUGGGCAUCAGGAUGCUGUCCCCUGUUGAACAGGUUCCAGCUGGUCUUCUACCUCUCCCUUAGUUCCAUCAGACCAGAACAGGGACUGGCCAACAUCAUCUGUGGCCAACUCCUAGAGGCAGGAGGAAGCAUUAGUGAAGUGUGUCUGAGCAGCAGCAUCCAGCAGUUACAACACCAGGUGCUGUUCCUGUUGGAUGACUUCAGUGGGCUGGCCUCACUCCCCCAAGCCCUGGACACACUGAUUACAAAGAACUACUUGUCACAGACCUGCUUAUUGAUUGCUGUGCAUACAAACAGGGUCAGGGACAUCCGUCCAUACCUAGAUACAAGUCUAGAGAUUAAAGAGUUUCCCUUAUAUAACACUGUCUAUAUAUUAAAGAAGUUCUUCUCACAUAAUAUAACACCUCUGCAAGAGUUUAUCAUUUAUUUUGGAAUGAAUGAAGAUUUACAGGGAAUCCACAAGACUCCCCUCUUUGUGGCAGCAGUCUGCACUGAAUGGCUUCAAAAUCCACCUGCCCAAGAUGACUUUCAGGAUGUGACUCUUUUCAAGUCCUACAUGCGAUACCUGUCCUUAAAGAACAAAGCGACAGCUGAGACUCUCCAGGCCACUGUGUCCUCAUGUGGGCAGCUGGCCUUGACAGGGCUUUUCUCUUCGUGCUUUGAGUUCAGUAGUGAUGACCUGGCAGAGGCAGGAGUUGAUGAAGACCAGGAGCUCACCACCUGCUUGAUGAGCAAAUUCACUGCCCAGAGACUGAGACCCGUCUACCGGUUUUUAAGUCCUCUGUUCCAAGAGUUUCUUGCUGCCAUGAGGCUGACUGAACUUCUGGGUUCAGAUAGGCAGGAAGACCAAAACCUGGGACUUUAUCAUUUGAGACAAAUUAACUCACCCUUGAAGGCUAUGACCACCUACAGCAAUUUUUUGAAGUAUAUCUCCAGACAUCCUUCAUCAAAGGCAGGGCCACCAGUUAUAUCUCAUUUGCUUCAUUUGCUGGAUAAGAAAGACUUACUGGAUACCAUGUCUGAAAUUGAGGAAUAUGUAAAUAACCCUCCAGAAACUUCCCGGAUAACACAGGCAAUUAAGGAACUGUGGCAGGUAUCUCCUGAAUCUUUCUCUUCAUUAGUUUCAGAAAAAUUAUUGAGCAUUGCUCUAUAUUAUGGUUAUAAAAGCAACACAGUUGCUGCAUGCUCUCCAUUGAUUUUGCAGUUCCUUCGAGGGAGAACACUGGCUUUGGAAGUCCUGAAUUUACAGUACUUUUUAGACCACCCAGAAUGCCUGUUACUGUUGAGAAGUUUAAAGGUGUCCAUAAGUGGAAAUAAAAUUCCAACUGUUUUAGAUUACUCAGUCAUGGAAAAAUGUUUUGAAACAUUACAGCCACCAACUAUAGAUCAGGACUAUGCAUCUACCUUUCAACAAUUGAAGGAAUCUGGGAAAAAUUUAGCUGAAAAUGAAGACAUAAUAAAGAACUAUAAGGAUAUGAAACACCAGACCCCACUAAAUAUUAGUACUGGCUAUUGGAAACUGUCCCCCAAGCCGUACAAGAUCCCUAGACUGGAAGUUGGAGUGGCCAACAUGGGUCCAGCAGACCAAGCUCUGCUUCAGGUCCUAAUGGAAGUCUUCUCAGCUUCAGAGAGUAUUGAGCUCCGUUUAUUCAACAGCAGUGGCUUUCUUGAAAGCAUCCGCCCAGCUCUGGAGCUGAAUAAGACCUCUGUCGCCAAGUGCUCCAUGUCCAGGAUGGAGCUCAGCAGAGCAGAACAGGAGCUGCUUCUCAGCCUGCCUGCCCUGCAGUCUCUUGAGGUCUCAGGGACAAACCAGUUACCAGAUCAUCUCCUUCCUAACUUGGACAAGUUCCUGGGCCUGAAAGAACUGUGUGUGAGACUAGAUGGCAAACAGGAUGUGCUCUCAGUGCUUCCUGGAGAGUUCCCAAACCUCCAUCACAUGGAGAAAUUAUCCAUCCAAACCUCCACGGAGUCUGACCUCUCCAAACUAGUUAAAUUGAUUCAGAACUCUCCAAACCUCCUUGUUUUCCAUCUAAAAUGUGAUUUCCUUUUGAAUUGUGAGUAUCUCAUGGCUGUGCUUGUUUUCUGCAAGAAACUCAGAGAGAUUGAGUUUUCUGGACGAUGCUUUGAAGCCAUGCCCUUUGUCAACAUUUUGACAAAUUUUGUUUCUCUGAAGAUAUUGAAUCUUACAGACCAACAAUUCCCAGAUAAGGAAACAUCAGAAAAGUUUGCCCAGGCUCUAGGUUCUCUCAGGAACCUGGAGGAACUGCUCCUUCCCACUGGGGACGGGAUUCACCAAGUGGCCAAACUUAUUGUCCAGCAGUGCCUGCAGCUUCCAGGUCUCCGAGUUCUCGCCUUUCACUACGUCUUGGAUGAUGACAGUGUGAUUGAAAUUGCCAGGGUGGCAGCCAGAGGAGGUUUCCAGAAACUCGAGAACUUAGACCUUUCCAUGAAUCACAAGAUUACCGAGGAAGGAUACAGAAAUUUCUUUCUAACCCUGAACAACCUGCCAAACUUGAAAGAGAUGAACAUCUGCAGGCAUAUCCCAGAAUGCAUUCAAGUUCAGGCCACCACUGUCAAGGCUCUGGGUCAGUGUGUGUCCCGACUGCCCAACCUCACCAGGCUGCAUAUGCUCAGUUGGCUCCUGGAUGAAGAGGACAUGAAAGUGAUUAAUGAUGUGAAGGAAAGACACCCUCAGUCCAAACGCCUGCUUAUCUUCUGGAAAUGGAUAGUCCCGUUCUCUCCUGUUGUCCUGGAGUAAAGGAUGCAGCUGAAGGCUACUGACAGUUCUGAAUACCUGAUUUCCUAAAACACCUUAGUUUAGCUGGGCAUGGUGGUAUACACCUGUAGUUUAGGCAUUUAGAUUACUGAGGUACAAGAAUCAAGAAGUUCAGACCAGAUCCUGUCUCACAGCUAAAGAAAUAAUUAACCAUCCUAUUGAAGAAUAUUUAUUAACUGUGCAGACUGCUAAUAUUUAAAAAGCCUGCAUGCCCACCAUUGAAUUUAGGAGGUAUAUUGAAUAGUACCUUGGCAGUCCUUAUAUGGUCCUCCUGUCUAAAGACUAGAGCUUCAGUCAAGUUCAUAUAGACAACCAUUCAUUGUCAAGGUCAACAGGAAGGGUCUGGGAAAAGAAGAUUGAUCUAUAUAGAAGCCACAACAGGGAAGCAGUGUUUGAUAGAUGCUGGGGUAGUGCAAGAGGAUCAGCCAAACAGCUUUAGAAUUCAUUGAACUCAGUCCCUCAGUUAGCACAAUCACAUGGGUGUGCCUCAGAGAGGACUACGGGUCCUGAGGACUUUAUGCUGUCAUAGAGUUUUGCUCUGUUUGCUGCCCUCACACUGCAUCCCUCAUAAUCUAUGAGUUGUAAGAAAAAUCUAAGGGGGCAUCACUGUUGGAAAGAACUUAGCAAUGUAGAUUGUUAGAAAUGACCAUCAGUCUUAGGAAGAACUUGGAGAAGUAGAUUGCUUGUAAAGUUAGUUAAAAUGAUUUUGUAAAUGGCUGUGAUGUUGAAAAUCUUAGAAAGCAAAUUGAAGUUCAGAAAAGCACACUUUUGAAUAUUGAUCAAGGGAUGUGUUCAAGGUCAGGAAACAAGAACAGUGGCAGGUCGCCUAGCAAUGGUUGGUAUGACUCUGUUGCUGAAGCUGGGCUGAUGAUCCAGGUGAUAAUUAAUUCCUUGUACCCAAUUUUGGCCUCAGCUUUCUGAUAAGAUUUAAUAAACAAUUGUUCCUGGGUGAGUGCUGGGUCUCUGGGCUCAUGGUCCUCAUGCUUGUGCCACACAAAUUUCCCCACUGUGUCGUCUUCUUAGAACUUCCUCACAACCCAUUUUCUUUAUAGCUCAUCAAGUGUCUUCAAUGUUUUCAUCUGUCAGCUUGACAUAACCUGGGGUUAUCUAAUAGAGUCUCAAUUAAGGAAUUGGCCUGUUUCCAUGUCUGUGAGGAAUCAUCUUGAUUGGUAAUUGGUAUGUGACCUCCUAUCCUAUAGUUGGUGGCAGCUCCUUUACAUAGGUGAGCCUAUGCUUCAUAAGAAAGCCGUGUCAGCAUGUACCAGAAGGGGGGCAAGCCAAUAAGUAGCAUUUCUCCAUGGUCUGUGCUUCAAGUUCUUGCUUCUAGAUUCCUUUUGAGUUCCUUCCCUCAGUUAUGGACUAUGGAAGCUUAAGCUUUACUUCCCUAAGUUUCUUUUGAUUAUGGUGUUUAUCAUGACAACAAGAAAGUAAAUUAGAACAAAAAUUGG